AACCGAAUUACAAGAUUUGUCAGCAGUUUUAAAAGCAUUUUAUUGUUAUACUAAAACUGUUUAAUCGAUUGCAAUUUAACGAUUGUCAAAGUGUUUAUUUUUGGCCUAUUGUUUUACUUCCAAUUUAUUAAUUAAUCAUUCACCCGAAAAUGAAGGACACUCAACGUGACUUGCCGCCCAAAGAUGCCAAAAAGGAGAAAGAAAAGGAAAAGGAUGACAAGGAAAAUGAAAUGAGUGAAGAGGACAAGCAAUUGCAAGAGGAUUUAGAGAUGUUGGUAAGCCGGCUAAAAGAAAGUGAUACUAGUCUUUACUUGCCAGCUUUGGAACAAUUAAGGUCGCAAAUCAGAAGUGCAACAACCUCAAUGACCUCAGUACCUAAGCCUCUGAAGUUUUUACGGGUUCAUUACGAUACUCUUAAGAAUAUUUAUGAGUCCAUGCCUAAUGAGGAGACUCAACGAUUUGUCGCUGAUAUCAUUUCAAUUUUGGCAAUGACCAUGCCAUUAGAUAAAUACGAUGUCGGAGAAGCUUUAAGGUAUCGACUGAAAGGAAGUCGAGAAGAAAUCGGUUCAUGGGGUCAUGAAUAUGUUCGUCACAUUGCUGGUGAGAUUUCAAGUGAUUGGCAAAAUGAAUCUACUCCCGAACACAAGACCAAGCUUAUUGAACUGGUUCAUGAUAUUGUACCUUAUCAUAUGAAGCAUAACGCUGAAGCGGAGGCAGCUGAUCUUCUCAUGGAAAUUGAGAAACUCGAUUUGUUGGACAGUUACAUUGACGAUGAGGAUGUUUGUCAAAGAGUCUGUCUUUACUUAACAAGUUGUGUUCCUUAUGUGCCUGACCCAGAAAACAGUAAUAUUCUUAGAACGGCUCUUAGAAUAUUCUGCAAAUUCAACAAAUUACCUGAAGCCUUGCGUUGCGCAAUGCAGCUAAAUGAUUUGGAUCAAAUUAAAGCCAUUCUUAAGGCCUGUAAGGAUCCUGUUUUGCAAAAACAAUUAGCCUUCAUGAUAGGAAGACAACAGAUUUUCCUCAUGGAUGACAUUUCGGAUAGCGAACUUACUGAAAUUAUGUCAAACGCUCAUCUCAACAGUCAUUUUCUUGCUUUAGCUCGUGAAUUGGAUAUUCUUGAACCUAAAACUCCCGAAGACAUUUACAAAAGUCAUCUUGAAACCUCUACUCGUUCUUCUCAUGGCGCAAGCAAUGUUGAUUCAGCUCGAGCCAAUCUAGCUUCAUCUUUCGUAAAUGGUUUUGUCAAUUGUGGGUUCGGAAAAGAUAAACUACUUUUGAUUGAAGAUGGAAAUAAAUGGUUGUACAAGAACAAAGAUCAUGGUAUGCUUAGUGCCACAGCUUCCCUUGGUUUAAUUUUAUUGUGGGAUGUAGACAGUGGACUUACCCAGAUAGAUAAAUUUUUGUACUCAGCCGAAGAUAAUAUCAAAGCCGGUGCUCUUCUUGCCUGUGGUAUCGUUAACUGUGGAGUAAGAAAUGAUUGUGAUCCCGCUUUGGCUUUGCUUGGUGAUUAUGCUACUCACAGCUCACCUCAAAUGCGAAUCGGUGCUAUCAUUGGUUUAGGAUUGGCUUAUGCUGGAUCUAAUCGUGAGGAUGUUAUUAGUACUCUUCUUCCCGUUCUUUCAGACUCCAAACAAAGUAUGGAAGUAUUGGGUAUCACCGCUGUUUCAUGUGGUCUCAUUGCUGUUGGCUCGGGAAACUCUGAUGUGACAGCAAAUUGUCUUCAAAUUUUAAUCGAUAGAGACUCCCAAGCAAAAUUCGAUUUAAAGAAUGAGCCUUUCGCUAAGUUUUUAUCUUUAGCUAUUGGUUUAUGUUAUUUGGGACGCCAAGAAGAAGCUGAAACAAUUCAAGCAACUUUAGAUGUUCUCACUAACGAACCUUUCAAAGCAAUGUCCAAAACUUUACUGGACAUUUGUGCAUACGCAGCAACUGGAAAUGUUUUAAAAAUCCAACAAUUACUUCAUAUUUGCUCCGAAAAGAGAGAUUCUAAAGAAGAGGGUGGUGAUUCUUCUUCAACUUCCUCCUCUUCAUCAUCAUCCUCAUCCUCAUCUAAAAAGAAAGAUUCUUCUAGCAGUAGCUCAUCAACCUCCGAUCUUUCAGCCCAACAAGCAAUAGCUACUUUGGGGAUAGCUCUAAUAACAAUGUCGGAAGAAAUAGGUUCUGAAAUGGCUUUUCGAUCAUUCGGCCAUCUGUUACGUUAUGGAGAUGCAGCCAUUAAAAGAACCGUUCCCUUGGCCUUGGCUCUCAUUUCGGUUUCCAAUCCUAAACUUAAUAUUUUGGAAACACUUAGCAAAUUCAGUCACGAUACUGAUAUGGAAGUUGCCUGUAAUGCAAUCUUCGCCAUGGGAAUCAUUGGUGCAGGCACCAACAAUGCAAGAUUAGCUACAAUGUUGCGCCAACUUGUACAAUAUCAUGCUAAAGAACCCAAUGGACUCUUCAUGACCCGAAUCGCCCAAGGUUUAACACAUUUGGGUAAAGGUACACUCACAUUAUCACCUUUCCACUCGGAUCGGCAACUUUCAGUUCCGACUGCAUUAGCUGGUAUAUUAAUCGUUUUGGUCAGUUUAUUAGAUGUUAAAUCAACUAUUCUCGGUAAAUCCCACUAUCUUCUAUACUACCUGACUGCAGCCAUUCAACCUCGAAUGCUGGUUACUUUCAAUGAAGAUCUCUUGCCCUUACCAGUACCAGUUCGUGUUGGUCAAGCAGUUGAUGUUGUAGGUCAAGCAGGUAAACCCAAAACAAUCACUGGUUUCCAAACACACACUACUCCAGUUUUAUUAGCUCUCGGGGAAAGAGCAGAGCUUGCAACAGAAGAGUACCAACCUUUAACACCUAUUUUGGAAGGUUUCGUGAUAUUAAAGAAAAAUCCAAACUAUAGUGGAUAGAACAAAAUAUUUAUCUAAUUUUGUCAUUUAGCUACCAUAAAAAAAACAAAGAAAAACGCAAAACCAAUUAAUAAAUUAACCAAAUUUGUAUACUGGAGUGGGAUUGAAGAAUCCGAUUGAAAAGGAUACAAAAAUUGCUAACUUGUUCAUUGAUAUUUUUUUUCUCCUACAACUCUUUAUUUCUAUUCUGUCCUCUUUUUCUCCGAUCUAUCUUUUUUUGUAAGAUGACCAUCUACUUCUAAUAUUCUUAAAUGGUUUAGCAAUGUUUUGAUGAUUGAUAAUAAAGUUCACAUUGGAUUAUAAAAUU